AUGCAGACGGACAAGGACUUGGUGAACAUUGUGCAGCUGUUUGCCAAACGUCUGCGGGCAAGGAUGAUGGCAGCAAAUGGCCCUUUGACGCCAAACUCUUUGUACGAGCCCCUGUGUGAAAUGACGUGGAGGAUCACUGGGCACGUGCUCCAUGCGGUCUUGAACGUCGACGAAUCGUUGGAUGACAAUGGCCUGCCGAUGCCAAAGGAGCCGCAAGGUCAGGUCAAAAUGCUAGUGCAGACCAACAUGGAGUUGAGCCGCAAGCUGAACUUGAUGCGUCGGGAUUAUCUCCGGGAGUUGACUUCGUACAGAGACAAGCAGCGCAGCAUAAGCGACGAAGCGCAGGAGGUGCUCCAAGACCUCCAGGAGCACCCUGUGAUGUUCUUCGAGCCGUUAAAGUUUGUGCUCGAUGACGUGACAAAAGAGUUCAUUGGGCUAGUGGUGGAAGAGCGGGUCAAGCUCGACCAGAAGGGCCCGCCUGUGAAAAUUGAAAGACCAGAUGCUAGACGUGCCGACAAGAAGGUCACUCGCGAGAAGCCGGACAAGGCGCUUCAGGAAGAGCUGGUCAAGGUGCGAGGCGAUCUUCGCAAGAUCCAGGAGGACCUCCAUACCUCACAGAUUGAGUGCAAGCGCCUCGCAGCAUCAGAAAAGCUGGCUCGGGAGCAGCUGGAGAAGACGGAGGAGCUGAGGAGCAAAGCUGCGCGCCAGGGCUCCUUGGCGGAGGAGGAGAUUCGAACACUGCGCCAGGCUUUGGAAGAGAAGGAAGCGAGCCUGAAGCAGCUCGAAGAGUCGACCCAGAGCAAGGGUGCGCAGUCGGCAGUGGAGUUGAAGCAACGUGCGGCCGAGCUGACGGAGGCACAGAAGAAGGUCAACGACUUGACCGCAGACGUUGCCAGGACAAAGGAGGAAUUGGCAGCAGCAGAAUCGCGGAUCAAAGGGUUGCAGGAAAAGCUGGAAGAGGCCGAGAAAGCUGCAGCCCGGCAGAAGGACUCUGCGAAGGUGUCUGACCCGACCAUGGAUGACAACUUGCGCAAAGAGUUGGGCGAGGCGCUGCAGGCAGAGAAGAAGCUCCGGCAAGAAUACCAAGACCUGGAGAAGGCCUUGUCGGAGGAGAGGCGGAAGAAGAAGGAACUGCAAGCCGAUCUGGCGGCCAAGAAGGCCGAGGCGGAGAGCGCUGCAGCGCAGGCCCGGGAAGCUUUGCGAAAGGCCGCCAAGUGUCAGGAGGACCUCGAGCUCUCCCAGGCCAGAGCAGAGGCAGAAGCACUCGAACAGAGAACAGAAUCCAAGGCAUCUCCAUCCAAGGAAAGUCCAGAAGUGCGGACAGUGACCCGAGUCGUCACUGUCGAAAAGGAGAAGGCUGCCGCCGCGGCUCGCGCCAAAACUGGCAGCAGCGACUGGAAGGACAAGUGCAUGGUGCUGGAAGACGAGAAAGUGGACUUGGAGAACAAGAUCGCGGAGCUGAACCAACAGGUCCAAGUGCUUGCGGAAAAGCUCCAAGAGGUUGGAGGAGAGCAGGCCAUACGUGAAGUCCAAGAGAAAAUCAAGCUGAGUCCAGUGAAAAAGAAGAAGAAGAAGCAGCGGGCUUACCAGCGCCUCUGGGAGGAUGCUCAGCGACGUAUCAUCAACAUGCGCGUCCAGGCCAAAACUUUGGCUGAAGAACAAGAGAAAGAAAUCGGCCAGUGGCGAAAGACGGUUGUGGGUGAAAAAUCGAUAAAGAUUAUCGAGAACAUCAGCAAGAUGCACAAAGCUGUGAGCACAGCCCAGCGGCGCUUAACGCACGCCAUGCUGCAGUUUCAAGUGGAAAGCCUGGCGGAGGACAGCCAGGACAGCCAGGAAUUGCCCAUGGAGGACAGCCAGGAUACCCUGGACACCCAGAACAGCAGCAACGGAAGGGAAGAGCUGCACUCGGUCUGGGACGAUGACGACGACGAUGAGGAAGAGGAGGAAGAGGGGAGCGAGCUCAGCCCGCUUCCCUUACGCUUAGUGAAGAGUUCCGGGGGCACGCGCGGAGGCUCGACCUCGAGCUUCCUGAAGCGAUUUGGUUUCGAUGAUGACAAGUCCGAUUCUCCGACGUACGACUUCUUCAACGACAACUCGGUCGAAGUGGAAGCGCUGAAUGCGGAGCUUGCAAAGAAAGACCGCCAGUGCCAGCAGCUUCAAGAGGAGUUGGCCUCGCUGAAGCGCAUGCUGAACCUGGGAGAUGAUGGGCCAAAUUGGACAAACUUGGGGGGAGCCCUGGGAGAUGACACGGCAACGGCAAGCCACGAGCUGGGCAUCAUGGGCUUCAAGGCCCCUGUGCGAGGCUCGCUGGCACAUGGUUACACAGAGCGACCAGGUGAUCGUACCGGAGAGGGUUCAAGAUCCAGAUCAGGCUCCGCCAGUCCCGUGAAGAACGCGCAAGGCGAGUACAUACCCCCGCACGCAAGGCCAUUGCCGAAGGGCGAGCGCUACAACCCGACACAGGAGCAUACCUAUCUCCAGCAGCUACAGCAGAUGAGCCAGUCGAGAGAGAGCACAGCACAGAAGAGCGAGAGUGUGCGCAAGUUCAAGCGGGCUGUCGAUUUGAUCCGCAAGGCACAGCCGGAGACGCGUGCAAGCCUGCGUGGAGACGGGCCCAUUGUUGCCGCUAGCCCUGCACCGGUAAAGCUUCCGAUGGAAGCUCCAGGGUCUUCGCAGCCUUCGGCACUGGCGCGCUUCCGCCACACGGUCAAUGCUGUGCAAAAGUCAUUGAAGGAAACCGUUGCUACCAGGGAUGCUGGGCCAAAUCGUCGGACGAGUUCCAGCACGCUGGGACCAAAACUGAAGGCGUCCCGGCCGACUUGGCACAAAUCUCCCAGUGCGGAUCGGUUGAGCGAGGCCCGUUCGAGUCCCAGGCCGAGUCCGAGGCCGAGCCCAAGACCGAGCCCCAGGCCGAGCUUCCACAAAGCUGCGUCGCAGGACUCUUUGCUCCAACGCUACCACACGCCCACUCCGUCGGAGGGUCCUUCGCGCAGAGGGUCGAGCAACCUGCUUGGCGAACCCCACCUUAGCCCGAAGGGGAGCCCACGUCCAGGGGGCCCUUGGAGUGGUAGGUUGCCAGAAUCACUCUCUCAAGUUGAAGUAGCCGGCAGUGCGUUGGACAAGGCUGUUCUUUCUCGGAUGGGGUCAGGCAACACGCUAGGUGAAAAUCGUCUCAGCCCCAAGGGCAGCCCCCGUCCAGCGGGACUUUCCGGUGACAGGUCGCCAGAAUCACUCUCUCAAGUUGAAGCAGCCGGCACUGCGUUGGACACAGUUGUUCCUUCUCGGCUUGGGUCACGAAACACGUUGAGCGGAGCCCGGCCCAGCCCAAAUGCAAGCCCUGAGGGGAGCCCCGCGGGGAGUGUCGAGGGGUCCCCGAAGGGGUUUUCCAGCAGGCUGACAGACUCAUUCUCUCAACCUGAAGAGGCAGCCAGCAUGUUCAAUCAAACGGACCCCUCUCUGGAUGCACCCUGCAACGCGUCCAACGAACCACAGGCUCAGACGGCCUCUGCUGGACAGUUCGGUGAGAAGCACUUCGCAACUGCAGUUGCGGCCCCCGGAGUUGGGCACGGAGAGUCUCGUGCGACAACGGCAAGCUCGGUCGGAAUGCCGGGCGAGUCCCGGGCAACAACAGCUGGCUCCAGCAACCACCUGCACGCGUUCGGGGAUCACUUUCCUUCAAAGACCACCACCUUGCCGAACCUGACCGGCGACACGCGUGCCCCAACGGCACUAAGCACGCUGGAUGAGAGGCAGACGGGCUCCAAGGUUUCUGGUUUACCCUUGAUGCCCGGAGAGUCGCGGGCACCUUCGACCGGCUCUGGCAGCGUGAUGGUCGAUCCUCGCCUUCUGUCGAAGUGCGAAGCUCGGAGAGCAGCCCAGCGAUGCGGCAACAUCGGCCCACUCUUCGCAGUGCAUGGCUGCGUCAUGGGCAGCGGCUGCGAUGGAGAAAAGUCUGUGAGGCCCAAGCGGAGCCUCGGAUGCACGAAGUGUCGCCCUACAGACUUCGAGUUUUCCGCGCGGGGUGAGUUUCAGGUCUUCCUCCCCUCCGCCAUGGGUGAGUAUGAAUAUGAAUACGAAGAGGAAACCAUGUCGGACAGCGCCGAGAGCGACCGUGCCAAGAAGGCAGCGGACACAGAUAUGAAGUUAGCUGAUGCGAAAGAAGAAGAGGCGCCUUCAAACAAGGGUCACGCCAGGCAUGCCUUCGGUGAAGAGGCCCAGCUCCCCUUCUGGUCACGAGACCGAGAGAAGGACAAUGGCAGGUCACGAGACCGGGAGAAGGACAAUGGCAGGUCACGAGACCGGGAGAAGGACAAUGGCAGGUCAAGAGGGAAGAAGGAGAAGAUGCGGGGCAAGCUGAGUGGGGCAGAGAAAGAUGACCUCAGCCUGAGGAGCCUCUACCAAGAAGUGGGAAUAGUGAAGCUUAAGAUCGCCGAGGCCUUGAUGAUUCUCGAAAUGGGUUUCGAGGUCAAGGAGGAGCAGAUGGGUAGAAUGCUGGCGCAGUGCAUGCAGCGGCCUGGCAUGGGCUGUCCUGCUGUUGCUAGACCUACCAAGAUUCCAAACGCCGCCAUUCCAGUGGAGCACUUCCUGCGUGGUUUGGGUGUCCUCGUGCAGAGGUAUGACUACGACGACGAUGAGAAGAGGAUGGUGGGACAGGACCUCGAAGAUGCCCUUGGCGUCAUCACCGAUGACGAGGAAGACCGGCGAGGAGCCGAUCGCCGUGUGAUUCUCGUCCAGGAGUGCAAAGCCAGACCGGAGCUGAAUGGCAAAUACGAGCGGUCCUCGGAUCUGAUGGCGCAUGGUCGGCCGGUUUUCGAAAAGAAGGCAGAAGUCCGGAAUCGGAAAGGCAAAGGCAAAGGCAAAGGCAAGCACGAUGCAAACGAGAUGAAGCGGCUGCUUAUGCCUCACAUGCUGGACGAUGAUGACAUCACAAUUGAAGUCAUGGUCAUCCACUACAAGAAGGACAGGAAUGGCAUCAACACCGGUUGGUGGAUCAGCAAGAAUACUUGCACAGGUCCCGGUCUCGCAUGGAAUGGCCGAGACACCAAAGGUCCACCUACAGGCGGUUGGUUUGUCAUCCGUGAUCGCCAGAAGCUGCCAGAUCCAGUGAACAUCAUUGAUCCGAAGCAGGCGAGUGACGAGAGCUAUCUCAAGAAGCGGAAGAAUGAGGCUGUUCGAGCUUUGGAGCAGUUGGAUGGCAACAAGCUCAAGGGGCGCCUCCAAGUGAAAGACAAGAACGUCAUGGCAUCGGAGUACUUCGGCCACUUCUGUAUGCUGAUGCAUCUGGAGCACAUGGAGGAGCUGCGGCAGAUCAGGCGGCGCACUGAGACCAUGCAAGAUGCCGAGCUGCAGCGGCUGGGCUGGUGCCUGGAUGGCCUCCCUUGUAUUGGGAUCUUCGGCAGGCGUGACCCGAAGAAGACCACCAUUAUCGGCUGGGAAGAUCCUGGAAGCGAGAUGGGCACCCUUCAGCUCCCACCAAACACACAGUUUGACCGCCUGAAAUUCAAGCGGGGAGACUCCGUGAUCAUCAGUGAGUCAAGACAGCAGGUUCGAGUCAAGGGCGAGGCUUUGGAGAAGCUGGGUGAGGGCUUUAUCGCGGACAUCCAGUUGCCUCGUGGGCGCGAUGGCGAGAGCAAGAUGAUCGUCCGACUUCGCGGAUGUUGGCCCGACGAUGCGAUGUCCCGGCGUUGGCGCAUCGACAAGGGAGCCAACAGCACCCUCUACGAGCGCCAGCUGCAGGCGAUGCUGAAUCUGGUGAACAAGGACAGAUCGCGCGUGCCAGAGCUCCUGAUUUCCGCGAAGGUUGGCUUGGCCGACAGCUGGGCCAAGCAGUGGCGAAAGGGUCAGGGAGUCACAGAGGAAGACAAAGAGCUCGCGGCAAAGGCAGCUGAGCAAGCAGAGAAGGAUGUCCUCAGAGAGAAGGAGGCAGCAAAGCUCGCUCGGCUGAACCCGGGCGGAUGUGAGUCCGAGAAGCUGGACAAAGCGCUGAAGGAAGUCAAAACCUUGUCCCACCUCAACCAGUCGCAGCGGGAUGCGGUGCGCUCGGCGUUGCGAACAACCUGUACGGUCAUUCAGGGCCCGCCUGGCACAGGCAAAACCCACGUGUCCGUUCAGAUCAUGAAGAUGUGGUCCAAGACCCUGGACCUUUCGCCUUUGCUUGCGACAUCUGACAGCAAUCCAGCCGUGGACAAUAUUGCCAUCGGGCUCCGGAAGGAAGGCGUCAGAGCCGUUCGCGUGGGACGCCCGGACAAGAUCAACCGCAUUCUGGAGGAGAUCACGCUGGAGUGCCUUCUGGACAAGGAGAAAGAAGAGAUGAAAAACAGGCAGUAUGAAUCUCGCUUCAAAUCCCGAUCACGGUCCAAGACCGGAAGUCCACAGCGAAAGGCAGUCUCGAGAUCGAGGUCUAGAUCCGGUCCACGCCGCGUCAAAGGUAAAGGAAAAGGCAAGGGCAACGUCAAGAACGAUUUCGAGCUUCAAAUGCGAAUUCUGCAGGAUGCGGAUGUCAUUUGCACGACCACGAUUUCUUCCGGCGGCGACUUCUUCUCGAAGUUUGCCUUCGCCGGGGUCCUCAUCGACGAGGCGGCGCAAGCCACAGAGUUGGCUGCCAUCGUGCCACUCAUCCUGCGAGGCUCGCAGAGACUUGUCUUGGUGGGGGACCAGUGCCAGCUGCCUCCGACUGUGCAGUCCAGCGAGGCCGAAGAGAGAGGCCUUUCACUUUCGCUCUAUUCGCGCAUGGUGGACUCUGGAGGGUUGACGCCCUUCCUUCUGGACACACAGUUCCGAAGUCACCCGAUCAUCGCCGAGUUCUCCGCUCGCACUUUCUAUGCAGGGAAGCUGAGAUCCGGCAUUCGGCCCGAGGACAGGAAGCAGGUCCGUGGUCUGCCGUGGCCGAACUACCAGUCUCCCAUCGCCUUCAUCGAGUCGAACGGCGCUGAGGAGGCAGAGGGUGAGUCCAAGUUCAACCCCACCGAAGCGGAGGUGGUACAGAGACUGGUCCAGGACUGCUUCUUCCAGCGCGAGCUAGAAAUCACAGAGAUCGGCGUUGUGACUCCCUACGUCGCGCAAGUGCGGCUGCUUAAGCGGAUGUGCAAGCAGGUCAUACCCGAAGGGAUGGACCCCGAACUCUUAGAGAUUGCCUCGGUGGAUCAGUUCCAGGGUCGUGAGAAGGACUUGAUCAUCUUCUCAGCGGUCCGCUGCAACAGGAUUGGAAAUGUUGGUUUCCUUGCCGACUGGCGUCGGCUAAAUGUGAUGCUCACACGAGCACGCCGAGGAAUGGUGGUUGUGGGAAACUCACAUACGCUCAAAGCAGAUGAGCACUGGGAGAAGUGGCUCCAGUUCUAUGAGAAAGUUGCUUCAGGCAGGGCUCGGUCUCCCAGCCCGAACAAGAAGAAGCAGGAGGCACCUCCCAACGAGACGGAGGAGGAGAAAGAGGCGCGGCUCAAGAAGGAGCGCAUCGAAGCCGCACGGAAGCUGUCGAUGGCCAUCCGAUUUCCGGGUCUGGCAAUGGCGCAGCAGAAAAAGAAGGAGGAGCAGCGGUCCCGCUCGAGAUCAUGGUCUCCGGAAGGCGGUGGCCUGGUUGGUACCGCGGACACCAAGUUCAAGGCGAUGGGUGGCAGGACGAAAGCGCGCGUCAAGACGCCAUCGCCUGAUCGACCCCUGAAAGUUCAAAAGGCCAUUGGCAUCGGGCGCCGCAACAAGGGUGACGAGUUCACGAAGCCCGCGCCGAACGGAGCUGGCAAGGCCAAGGCCAAGGCCAAAGCGAAAGUGGCUAUUGCAUCGGACUCCGAAGGAUCUGCGCAUUCCUAA